GUGAGACUGAUAUGUGAUAUUAGGUUGUACAGUAGGGGGCAGCAGUGAGUUCCGUUCCGAAGACACGGAGCUCUGAGGGGAACAAAGGAGUGCGGAACCAAAUGAUGGAAUUAGCCUGAUAUCGUCAAAAAUCCUGCCAACAAAAUGUCAAAACGACCGUCUUACGCCCCGCCCCCUGCUCCGGCCCCCACUACACAAAUGCCCACCACCCCUGGGUUUGUGGGGUACAACCCAUACAGCCAUCUGGCCUACAACAACUACAGGCUGGGAGGAAACCCCGGCGGAAACAACAGGGUAAUGAAUUCCUCGGGGAUUACGGUUCCUAAGCCGCCCAAACCCCCCGAUAAGCCUCUGAUGCCCUACAUGCGGUACAGCCGGAAGGUAAGCAGGAAGGUUUGGGACCAGGUGAAAGCCUCUAACCCUGAUUUGAAGCUGUGGGAGAUUGGGAAGAUCAUUGGAGGCAUGUGGAGGGACCUCACUGAUGAGGAAAAGCAAGAUUACUUAAACGAGUAUGAAGCUGAGAAGAUUGAAUAUAACGACUCCCUGAAAGCGUACCACAACUCUCCGGCGUACCUAGCAUACGUGAAUGCUAAGAACCGGGCCGAAGCGGCUCUAGAGGAGGAGAGCAGGCAGAGGCAGUCCCGCCUGGAUAAAGGAGAGCCUUACAUGAGCAUCCAGCCAGCUGAAGAUCCUGAUGAUUAUGACGACGGAUUCUCUUUGAAGCACACAGCAGCAGCUCGAUUUCAUAGGAACCACCGUCUGAUCAGCGAUAUCCUGAGUGAGGUGGUGGUGCCUGACGUGCGUUCAGUGGUCACUACGGCACGUAUGCAAGUGCUCAAACGCCAGGUCCAGUCCCUCAUGGUGCACCAGAGGAAACUGGAGGCGGAGCUGCUGCAGAUAGAGGACAGACAUCAGGAGAAGAAGAGGCGGUUCCUCGAGUCCACCGAUUCCUUUAACAACGAGCUCAAACGGCUGUGCAGUCUGAAGGUGGAGGUGGACAUGGAGAAGUUGGCAGCAGAGAUGGCAGCAGCCGAAGAAGCUGCGAGACGGAGGGUGGAGGAGAGGGAAAGGGAACGAGAGAAGGAAAGAGAGCGAGAGAAAGAGCGAGAGAUGGAGGCAGAGAAGACUGAAAGAGCUACAGAGGAAGAGCAGCCGGGAGCGAGUGGACCAAACAGCAGCGAGCUGAACACAAGCACUGACAGCAAGGAGCAGGACAAACCCAGUCCAAUGGAGACAGAUGAACCUCGUGCUGAUGUGUCUGAGGGCCAGCAGGAGUGUGAGGAGCGCACAGUGGAGAAACCAGAGCAAGCAGAGAGUGGGCUAGAUGAGGGGGCAAGCGACAGUAAUCCUCCCCUAGAGAGAGAAAACAGCACAGAGUCUGCACCCUCUGACACUGCACCAGAGGAGAGAGCCCCUGCUGCCCCCCAGUAACUGAGCAUACCCCACUCUCCUGAGCGUGUACAUCCUCUGAACCUUGACAUGCACCGAAAUCAAAGAGGACACCGCCAUAUUUUUCUUUUUUUUUUUAUUAUUGUUUUAAUUUUACCCCCCAGCCAAUUGUAACACUCACUAAUUAAACAUGCCUCUUUAAAAUUUGCUUUAAUAAAACAGACGGUACCUCACACAUUUCUGCAUUGGGCCUACAAAAAAUUAAAUUAUGUAUGACCUUUUAGCAUUGCGAGUUAAAAAGGUAAUAUAUAAUUCAAAAGGAACGUGUGACCCAAGCUAUCAGAGUCUUUGGGUUAUUAUUAGAUCUUCACUUCAUUAAAGAAAUUUCCCAUUUUUACCAGUGCCAGGUGUUAUAAAGUCUAGAAAAAAAUUCAUUUUGCUCCUUCCGUGCUCAUGUCCCUUCAGAAUUUUUCUCUCAAUUUGAAACCUUAAUUAGCUGUAGACUGUGUUUUAGGUAGCCUAAUUUCUUCCAUCUUUUAUUUUCCUGAUAUUCUUUCACUCAGCUGAUUACAUAUCUUGGCAGGAUAUUGCCGUAAAGCGCAGGUGAGAUGGUCAGCCAUCUCAUUAGGUUGUUAGCAUACACAUUCUCGUUACAUGCAGCCGUUUUGUAUUAUGAUGUAUUACCCAAUAAAGUGAUUUAUAUGUCUUAA